AUGUCAACAGGAGUAUUGGAUUUGGGACUACGGCAAUCAGCUGGGAAGCGGAUCUACAGUAAAGGUGGAUGUCGAGAAUGUAAACGACGCAAAAUCAAGUGCUCAGAAGACAAACCGGCGUGUUUUCAGUGUGCCAGACUCAAGAAAGAGUGCUCAUACCCUGCUGCCGGUGAAAAAGUUUUGAGGGUGCUGAGGAAAAAGCAGAAAUUGCAACUGGGUGAUGAGCAAUCACCCGAUUCGGCUGGCGAAGGCAAUAUAGAUGGGAAACCUGAAACUAGUGCUGCAGGCGUUAGUGGCACUAUGCAGAAUAUUCCUGAUGUGAACGUGACAUUGCAACAACGACUGGACUUACCAUCACUGAGUUUCCUACAUAAUAGAGGCGCUGGAACUACACAGGGCGGCAAUUAUGACGACCAGUUUCAUGACAAGUUGAGAAAUUUUGGCAAAUCGGAGCAACAAAUUGCCUACCACUCUCUUCAGCAUGAUCCUGGCAACAACAACAAUAACAACAACAACAACAACAACAAUGGCAACAAUGGCAACAACAAUGGCAGCAACAACCAACCACCAUUUAUGCUGCAUCCGUCUGCGCAAAUGCCGCAGAUGCUGCACCAAUCUCCGCAAUACAAUAUUGCGAGGGCACCACGACCAUAUUUGAAUCAACCACAAGGACCAAUCCCAGCUGCACUUCCCGACCCAGGGUACAGACAUGAUGAAAACUUUGCUUUAAGAUUACAGCUUCCGCCAAUCACUAGUCGCUCAAGGGAAAGCUCCAUGCUUGUUGGAACUUCAUCCCUCACGAAUAAGUUAAACUUUGAACUGCCAUUAAACAAAUUGACACCGCCUGGAGGUAGCGUCACAACCACAACAAAUCUUCCUGGAAUUUUAGGUGGGAAUGGUGGUCCAGGAAACAGUAACAACAAUAUCAGUGGGAGUAGCAUUAGCAGUAGCAGUAGCAGUAACAGUAGUGGUCGUGACGGACCGAGGGGAGAUAUGCCACUUGAUACCAAUGGGAAAUAUUCUGCACCAGCUCCUGCACCAGCUUCUGCACCGGCUUCUACUCCGGCUUCUGCUCUGGCUUCUGCUCCGCUUCAUUCAUCGAAUAUCAUGACCCCUCAGGAUGAGCAGUACCUUGACCAAAAAGAUCUCAAGGUUCUUGCUGACGACUUGAAUAAAAUGGUAAAUGGGAUUUUAUAUGAAAAGGAGAAAAACCCUGAAUCCUAUGGAGAUAAAGAUAUUAAUCCGUCGAUAAAGAGCCGCCAAUCGGCUGACAACAACAGACCCAUCAAGAAUAUCUCAGUUGAUUACAUCAGGUUGGAAAACGAGAAUGACCAGGUCUAUUUGGAAGAGUUUUAUUACAAGUUCUCAUACAUUGUUUUGCCAUUUUCAGCAUAUGAUACACAAAGUCAAGCAUACUAUAAUCCUGCAAGAGAUAUACUAUUGAGCAGUGCGGCGGAUUCCAAUUAUGUACUUGCAGCGUUACUAGCAUUUGGUGCUCGCUCUAAAUUCCUUUCAUCAAAAAGACCCGAAGACGAGGACUACUACUACUUGUACUUGCUCGAUUGUGUCAAACUGCUUGGUCCAGCAAUAGCUGAUGACAAGACGCUAAACACCAAGAUUGAAAGCGUUUUACUCACUGUGCUAUUUCUUGCAGCUGCAAACGCUUCUAACCCAAAGCAAGACUGGCGACCACAUCUAAAAGGUGCCAAAGAUUUGCUUUGCAAGAUGUCAAAAAGUGUUAGCCACUCUAGAGUACUCAUCUUUUGCAAAUGUUGGUUUAUAACGUUGGAAAUAUUGGCCGGAAUCAGUUCUAAUCGCGGAGGUACCUUGGUAGAUGAUGAAGAGAUUACAGAGUUAAUCAACUCUGGUAACUUGUAUGAAAAAAAUGUUUUAGUUGACCUUGGCAUCAUUAUGGACAAUGGGUUCAAUAUCAUGGGAGGAUAUCACAAUGAUAGCUUUGACUAUUUCCAAAAACUUAUCAGGAUACUUAAUCGGAAACGCUCUAAAAAGCUCAACUUGCGUGACUCAAGACAAUACAUAAAACUCUUUGCAGAGUUCCAACGACUUUCGGAGAUUAAAUUCAUUGACGAAAAUGGAGUAAUUUCCUCCAACGCAAUAGGUAUUCUUGUGGAACAAACACCAAACAAGAGUAUAAGUUGGAUGGAUGUUAGUCACCAAUCAUACAUCCAGGCAGCAAUGAUCACACUACUUUUAAAUUGUUUUGAAGAAUCAUACAGCUCGCCACAAGUACAGGUUCUCACCCGCAGCAUCAUCAAGAUGAUCUCAUUCACCACAGAUUAUCAUCCACAACCAUUGUUUAAUAAUGCCGUGAUGAUGUUGCAAUGGCCUGCAUUGGUUGCGGGUUCAAACGUAGAGACAGAAGAAGACAAGGAAGCUGUACGAAAUUUUUUCAAGCUGCUGUCCGAAGCUGGUUCAGGUGGUGCAAUGAUUGCACUAAACCGAGUAGAGAAGAUUUGGGCCAGACGUGAAGGCUUAACGCUGGAAGAUGAUGGGCAUGAGUCAGAGGAUCUUUUAUCUUAUUAA